UCCCCUAUAACAAAACCAAAGUGGAGCACGGGGAGGGAUUUUUGUCUGUUUCAUUCAUGGCUGCGUGCAGAGUACCUCGAUUAAAGUGCUAGCAGCACACAUGUGGUGCACCAGAGAUCAAGUGCCUGGGAGAACCACCCUUGACCUCAGUGGACAGCUGGUGCCCAAGGCUCCUCCUGGUAAGUCCCCAUGUGACUCUUGGCCCCUUGCCAGCGUAUAGGCCAUGCCCUGAGCUGGCUGGCGAAACAAACAACAGGACUCUGCAAUCAGACACGGACUUCUCUUUUCUUUCUCCUUUGUCUUUGUUGGCCUCGGUUCAUCCGAAAGCUUCGUUUCUGGAAAACCAACAGAGCCCCGAGCCAGAAAGAAAGAAGUAAAUGAGCAGAAAGGGCUGAAAUGUGCCCUUGGAGGUAUGGAUGUGAAGAAUUCUGCAGUAGUCAGCUGGCUAAGUGACCUCAUUUCUAUUCUAUGAAGAUUCAAAGUGCAGCAUUAAUGCUUCCUUUCGAAAAUCCUCAAAAGAAUGCCUUGCCAUGGAUCUCCAAAAGAAAACAAAUCUAGUUUGAUUUCCACUUUAAUUUUAGCUUCCUUCUUAAAUGAAUUCUUCCCCCCCACCCCCGGAAUUCUUGUAAGGUCAGGUCAUCCAGAGAUGGAUUAUUGACCAGAAAUGAGGCCAUACUAAUGCCCUAAGCCAAAAGACUUUAAGAAGAAAAGUCUCCCUGUGGCUGUUGCUCAUGGGUAAAAGGAGGCUGGGAAUUAACCAGCAGGUGAACAAGUAUUUACUGAGUACCCUCCUUCUGCAAGAGUCUUCCAGAAAGGGGGAAGUCUUUGGGAUCUCGAGAUCAGUGAAUACCACUUGAAUAAUCAAGUGUGAAUGGGUCUCUGGCUGGUCUUCAAUUGGCUAUGUAGUAGAGGGUGACCUUGAACUUCAGAUCUAUCUGCCCUGCUCCUACCUGCAGAGUGCUGGGAUCAUGGAUACACUUGACCAAUGCACAGUUUAUGGAAUGCCAAGGACUGAAUGAGGGGGGAAGAAACUGACGAGCCAGUUAAACACCCGAAGAAGAAGGAAAACAUCUGUUGGCAUGGAAAAGUGAUUAUUUCCCCAAGCUACCGAGUAAAACACAACAGACCUGGCUCUUUCAACUCUAGUUUCUUGUCAGAUUUUGUUACUUCAUGGAACCUUACAGAAACCUCCACCAUCUGGAACUCAGAAACUCACAUGAGGGCUGAUGGUGGCUUCUAGAACAUCCAGGUGUUCUGCAGAUGUGAGAAUGUAUCCCACAGUCACCAGAUGAAGUCCUAAGCAGAUACAAGGCUUGUGGGGUGGCCUUAGCCUGCCUCCCUGAGUGCAAAGGGUCACUUCUUGCUAAGUGGCCAAGAGUGGUUAUUGACAUUAAUAUCUGAAUGCUAUACCCGGUCAGUAAUCUUAUUUAGUUGUGAUGAGAAGACAUCUUGAGGGGGCCAACCCAGGUGACACAUUCCUGACUCUCUUGGAUUAGGAUUCCAUAUGGGGACCUUGUUUCUGUAGCCUCUGCCAUCCCAGUAGCCAUUACUAACCCCAGUGUAUUUUUCACAACUGGACUCCUUGGUGGACUUCCUGCACUGAAGGUGAACAAAGAGAAAACUCUUCGAGAGAGUCGGUGACAGUCGGUUAGCACUAAAUCUAGACAACAGGCAUCUCUGUGUCCUACCAUGGGCUGGCUCUUUCUAAAGGUUUUGUUGGUUGGCAUGUCUUUUUCUGGAUUUCUCUACCCUCUCGUGGAUUUCUCCACCAGUGGGAAAACAAGAGCCCCUAAACCAAACAUCGUGAUCAUUUUGGCUGAUGACAUGGGAUGGGGUGAUCUGGGAGCAAACUGGGCAGAAACAAAGGAUACCACCAAUCUUGAUAAGAUGGCUUCCGAAGGAAUGAGGUUUGUAGACUUCCACGCAGCUGCUUCCACCUGUUCCCCGUCCCGAGCUUCCCUGCUCACUGGCCGGUUGGGUCUACGGAACGGAGUCACGCACAACUUUGCAGUCACCUCUGUAGGAGGGCUUCCACUCAACGAGACCACCUUGGCAGAGGUGCUGCGACAGGCCGGUUAUGUCACCGCCAUGAUAGGCAAAUGGCAUCUUGGGCAUCAUGGCUCUUAUCACCCCAAUUUCCGUGGCUUCGAUUACUACUUUGGAAUCCCAUAUAGCAAUGACAUGGGCUGCACUGACCGCCCCGGCUACAACUAUCCUCCUUGUCCAGCAUGUCCGCAGAGUGACGGCCUAUGGAGGAACCCCGAGAGGGGCUGUUACACAGACGUGGCCCUUCCUCUCUAUGAAAACCUGAACAUCGUGGAGCAGCCUGUGAACCUGAGCGGCCUUGCCCAGAAGUAUGCAGAAAGGGCCGUGGAGUUCAUUGAGCAGGCAAGCACCAGUGGAAGACCCUUCCUGCUCUACAUGGGCCUGGCCCACAUGCAUGUGCCUUUGUCUGUAAUUCCACCAUUGACACACCCACAGACCCAACGGCUGUACCGUGCAAGUCUCCGGGAGAUGGACAGUCUGGUAGGACAGAUCAAAGAUAAAGUUGACCACGUGGCAAGAGAAAACACACUCCUCUGGUUUACAGGAGACAACGGCCCAUGGGCUCAGAAGUGUGAGCUGGCAGGCAGCGUGGGUCCCUUCUUCGGAUUGUGGCAAACCCAUCAAGGGGGAAGUCCAGCCAAGCAGACCACCUGGGAAGGUGGGCAUCGGGUCCCCGCAUUGGCUUACUGGCCUGGCAGAGUUCCAGCCAAUGUCACUAGCACUGCCUUGUUAAGCUUGCUAGAUAUCUUCCCCACCGUGGCAGCUCUGGCAGGAGCUAGCUUGCCCCCAAACCGGAAGUUUGAUGGACUGGAUGUCUCCGAGGUGCUCUUUGGCAAGUCACAGACGGGGCACAGGGUACUCUUCCACCCCAACAGCGGGGCUGCCGGAAAGUAUGGCGCCCUGCAGACUGUCCGCCUAGACCGUUACAAGGCUUUCUACAUUACUGGUGGAGCCAAAGCUUGUGACGGAAGCGUGGGUGGUGAGCAGCACCAUGUCCCCCCUCUCAUUUUCAACCUAGAAGAUGAUGUUGCAGAAGGCGUCCCUCUACAGAAGGGAAGCCCCAAGUACCAGGAGGUGCUGCCAAAGAUCACCAGGCUUCUUGCAGAUGUCCUCCAAGACAUCGCUGAUGACAACAGCUCCCGAGCAGACUAUACUCAGGAUCCUUCAGUGAUGCCUUGCUGUAACCCCCAUCAAAUUGCCUGCCGUUGCCAACCGGCCUGACGGGUCAUCCCCUCCCCCCCAAUGAGAAACACUAUCUGGAGAUUUUAAACGGGUGGGUUUACUUCCAAACUUUAGUUUGGUCAUGGACGUCUGUUUUAGAAAGGAAGUUGCAGAAUUUGGUUAGGAAGCUACAGUGUUACCUCUCUUGGUGUGUGGACUGUCUCCUCUGUGUGCAGACUUGAGAAGCACUGAACACGGGUACAGUGGAAACAGGUACAGUUAAAGCACGAGGGGGCUAUGGCGUCAUGGCCCAGGUGGAAGCCCUGGGUUUUAAGCUUGGGAAAUGACUUAAAUGUCAAUUGCAAGUUGAUUUUGAAGGUUGAAGUAACCCAUGAAGCUGCCUGUGUAUCCCUGACACCAGGCAGACCCUCAGUAUUUAAGUUUCUAUCCCAUGUCCCCAGUUUCAGUGGCCGUUUCAGCACAAACUCAUCUGGCUUGCUGGUAUGUAGAGCUUGGCCCUCUUCAAUAUGCAUACAAACCUUUAGGGGAUCUUGCAAAAAGCAGAUUCUGGAGGGGAGGGGGCGGUGGCGUCUAGGAGCCUACAUUGUUGCCCGGUUCCUUUGAGAUGACUUGAGCAAAACCAAAGUGAGGUCUUCCCAGGCCUUGGAACUCCCUCUUGUUGAUGUCAGAGGGGUAUAUUACAAAGAUUUAAGAGUUUGGGGCUCAAGUGGUGGUCCAUUGGUUAGGAACUCGACCUGUUCAGUUCCCAGCGCCUACAUGGUAUUGUAAACUGUCUGUAACUCCAGCUCUAAGGCACCUGGUACUCCUCUCAGGCCCCUGAGAACGCCAGGCGCACACAUGGCAUAUAUAUGUGUAGGUAAAACACCCAUAUAUCAAAACAUGAUCUUUGACACCCCUAAAACUUCCAGGAAAUAAUAAAACUGUAAACAACUCACAA